CUGAGAUCUGGAGUUGCUGAAAUGGCAGUUCUCAGGCUGUGUCUGCGGUGGUGAUGCUUGCUAUGUCACUGUGAAGGCAUAAAGUAUCCCCACCGGCAAUGCCGACAACGAGCAAGUGAGCGUAGUCAAUUGCAAAGGGGUGCGCGGCAGCGGUCAAGUCAUGAUCAUGGUCUGCCGGAUGCGCACCGUCGCUAUCUGGACCCUCAUGCCGCUGCUGAUCUCCCUCACGACGGCGUCAGGGGAAGAUCCGGCCAGCGGGAUGCAGCUGAGGCGCGUGUCUGCUCCCACACAACGACCGGGGGCGUCUUACCGUUCGGGGCAGCAGGAGGGCCACGGGCACUUCUCUCGGGCUAAGACAGGCGAAGGCGAGGCGGCGGAGGAGAGGAAGCCUAAGAACGGAAACCUCAAUGGCAUGGUGGCGGGGUUUGUUGGGGGAGCGACGGUACUGUUCACUAUACUGGUCUUCUGCUGGCACCAUUGUAAGCAAGCCCACGAAGGACAUCAUCGCUUGUCCACACACGCAUCACUUCCUCCUCUCUGCGUGUGUGUGUGUGUAUGUGUGUCAGUUUAUCGCCGAGGUGAGGGUUUGAUGCCAGGUGAGGAGGUGGAAGCUGGCCCGCCCUAUGUGGUGGUGGCGUCGGAGAGUGCCAACGACGCCCACGCCAAGGACACAGACAUCACAGAGGGCAGAGGUGACUGAGUGCACCAGCCGCACACGCAUUGUGCAGACAGACAGACAGACAGACACCCCUGUUUGUCUGUGUGUCUUUGUGUCGUCCAUCCCUGUCUGUCUGUCUGUCUGUCUGUCUGUCUGUCAGUGGUCAAGAAGGCCGAAACACACGUGAUCCUGGAGCAGGAGCACUCCACCUUCUUCCGCCGCAUCAGCUCAUUCAGGCGCACAGCCAAACAUAAGACGGCGCCCCACGGCCCCGGCAGGUGGCUGGCGUGGGCUUCAGGGCGGCUGUUGGGCCGCAGCCAGGACAGCCUGCAGACCACCCCCCGCUUGAAUGGUGUCUCCCCAGCGGUGAUCGGCCGCUCCACAGCUGCUAGUGGCGGUGCUGGUGGGGAUGGGCAGAGGCUGGCGCCUGUUGCCGAGAUGAUGGAGAGGGGCGUCAGCAGCCAGACAGACAUGGCCUCAACCAGGCUGUCUUCAGGUCGGUGAAGCACAAGCAUUGUGCAGAGGAUGGUGUGUGAUGCAUUCACACACAACCGUUGAUUGGACUUUAUUGGUCUUCAUGGCCAUGUGCUGUGUGGAUGGUAUGCAGGGGCUGUCUCCCGCACCACAUCCAACAUCGACUCGCAGCCCGCCACCACACCCACGCACACCCGCGCCCGCCCGUCCCCCGUCAUCACUUCCUCCUCGCGAGAAGAGGACCACCACAACAUCCACCAGACCUGCCUGAGCGCCCCAGCCACCCCUGCUGACCGGGUGGGCUCCUUCACCCACCCCGUCAACACAUCCAGUCGCCUCGACCCCAUCACUCCCCCAGCUCGCCUGCUCUACCGCCGGUCGUCUUACCACCAUGCCGCUCCGCGCACCGUCACCGGGCGGCCUAUUGAGGACUGCGAUUUUGAUCUGUAUGGGCGGCUGUCUGUCAAGGACGACAGCAUGAUCCAGCCGUUGCAGAUGGAUGUCGUCUUCCGCCGCUCUAACACGCUCCACCAGGGGGAGGGAGAAGAAGUGGAGGCGGAGAGGGUCAUACGUUUGGGGCCGCAGCUGAGCCGGAGCGCCCCCUACGCAACGCACCACCAUGGCGACCAGGAGAAAGCUGUGAGACCCCCUGUGGCGCUGCCUUGCUGUGCGGGUGGUACCGGUGGGGGUGGGUCUGGCGAGGUGGACGACGUCAAUGCGAGUACGAGUCUGGGGACGUCUCGUGCGGCGGUGAACACCGUGGUCGGUUCUGAGUCGGAGAAGGCCGUCCAAUGCGUGGUGUGCUUUGAGGGCCGGAGGGAGAUUGUCUUCUUGCCGUGUGGACAUGGCGGGAUCUGUCGGGGUGAGUGAGCACAGCACCGAUAGACAGACAGACCCACGCAAAGCAAAGCGUGCAGGAGAGCCAACUCCACUUGUCUGUCUGUCUGUCUGUCUGUCUGUCUGUCCGUGUGGCGUGUCUCGGGUGUGCACAUUCAGACUGUGCUCGCGAGGUGGUGUUGAGGCCGCUGCAGGAGCGAGCUGCCAAUCCCUCAGCUAGCCGCAAUGCUUCCUGCCGACCGAAAUGCCUUCUCUGGUGAGCUGAGCCAGGAAGGGACCACACAGACACAGGACAGAACACACUUAUCUCAUCAACUCUUCCCUCCCCUGCUUGUGCAGCCGUGAGGAGAUCGACCGCGUGCUGCUCAUUCUCAACUGCCACGACUCCACAACAGCCGCUGAAGACAGCAACAAUGGCCACAGGGACGAUGAGACUGCCCCCCUGCAUGAGAAGAAGACCGUCGAGGCGCGCGUCCUCUACCGCAUCACCGACCCAGACACCGCCCCAACCGUCCCCUCCACGCCCUCAUUCUGGCAAAGACUGUCCGCGGGACAGCCCACAUCAGCUGCGGCAGGCGGCCCAUCUAGGCUGGGGCUGUGGCAGGUGCAGGGUGGGGGUAUGGGUAUGGCGUGGGGCGGAUUUACUGCCGGGAUGAUGGCUGGCGCGGCGGGGCGGCUGGGCACCACGCCGUUUGAGUGGGGGGGAGAGGCUGAUGCGGCUGCCUACAUCGGGCCAUGGCUGUGAUGUGAGGGGACGGAUGCAUGGUCGAUGGAUGGAUCAAUCGAGGCAGGUUGGCAUAGGAUGUUUAUAAGCCGCUACAUGUUGGGAGAGGGCGGUGGGUGUGUUGGUUUGAGUGAGGUCUUGUUGUACUGUGUUCUUUUUGUGAGCACAUGAGUUUUGAGGCCAGCCAGCCAUCCAGCUGGUCCUCAGUGCCACAUCGGUGGACAGACAGACAGACAGACAGACAGACAGCUCAUGUGCGAGCGAGUGGAUGGAUGGAUGGAUGGACGACUCUUGUGUGCAUUGAUGGAGCAGCCAGCGACGUACGGUGUCUUUUUGCCUCUCGUUCGUGUGGCGAGUUCUUUCUUGUCGACUUGACCGAGCAAUCUGCAGGUGGGGCUGUGGUGUAGCGUGGUAUGCAUGCGUGACCUCGUGUGUGUUGUUUCUGCGGGGAUCUUGCGACGGACGGACGCUUCCUGACCUGCGGUGCGGUGCGUGGGUUGCAAUGCAGUUGGUGUCGUGCAGCAUAGCAUGUGGAUGGACGCAUGCGGGCCAUCCAUCCAUCCAUCUCACACACGUGAACAAGCAAGCCAUGGCGGACCAACGCACGUGUAUGUGGGCGGGGCUGGGGGGUCAGUGUGUGUCUCUAUCUAUCUGUCUACUUCUUGCUGAGCUGUGCUGAUCUGUGGCAGACGGGAUGGAGUGCAGUGCCUAGUGGAUGGAUCCGUGUCAGUCUGCGCGUGACACUCUCAGUCUGCACACUUGACUGAUCGACAUUCACAGGUCUCACCAAGCCCGCAGAUCCUUCACACAGCAUGAAACACACGCACCUGCGGGUCAGCUGUUGUCUUGUGGCGUCAAUAUCGUCCUGUGUUUGAC